CUUUCAGGGACAAAAUCGGCCUGGAAUCCUCCCGUAGAUCUCAAUGCAAAUGGGUGGCGUCCGUUUCCCCAAAUCCAACUGGAUUCUCACACAUCACUAAGAUCGUCUGAACUUCAUCACUUUCUUCGAUUCGAUCUUGAAUAAUAUGUACAUUUACUUACGCCUUACAUCACAAAGGUCCCUCUCAUCAUGAUCCGACUUUCGACAUUUUUCAUCGUCGGCUCAAUCUUGGUCAUCUGGGACCAAGCUGCAGCAUCCGCUGCCUCAUUCUUACCUCAAAACUUCGUCUCUUGGCUCUGGCAAAGCUCAAUCGUUGUAGACAAAUGGCUGUACGUUGAUGGUGGCGAAAUCUGGGCGCGAUGGGACAACGCCUCAGCUAAUCCGAGUGGAGUUUGGAACUAUCAGACCCUCGCGAUUGAUCUCUCCCAAGACUGGAACAUAUCAACACUCUCAUCCCCCCACGUUGUAGCAACCAAUAAAUCCACCGCGAUUUCCCCAACUAGAAGACCAGAUCUCUUCUUCUCUCCUUACGACGAUACGACGUACGCUUUAGGAGGAUUUAUGUAUUCCUGGGAGGGCGGCGGCUCAAAUAACAGCGUCCCUGUUCAACUCUGGGGCUUUCAUCCAGAGAACAACACUGGGUCUGUUGCUUGGGAGUUGCAAGAAGUUGGGCCAACUGCCGCGUUUCCACUGAAUGAACUUAUGGCUGGAACGUUGACGGCUAGCUCGGGGAAUGCUCAUUAUGCACUGGGUGGGCAGACAAACGAGGAUGGAACAGGACGAGACGACUUUCUCAUUUACAAUUAUGGGAAUGGAAGUUGGAUGAAUCAGACGUUGCCAGGAAAGUUUUAUACCUGGGGAGGCGGCCAUUUCAUCCCUGCAUUUGGCGAACAAGGUGUUGUCAUAUUCUUUGGUGGUUUAUGGCCGUCAAAUUCGGCGGGAAGUGGUGAUGCCAGCACAGCUGCCGGGUUCGAUACGGUGCUUGUGUAUGAUGUACAGACGAACACUUUCUUCAAUCCCCAGCAGACUACUAGUUCGACCGGCAGUGCUGUACUCAACCGCUAUGACUUUUGCUCUGUAGGUGCAGGUAACGGGUCUGGGAACUCUUCCUACGAAAUAUUCGUCUUCGGGGGCACGACCGGCAGCACACCUACUUCAGACACAGCCACUGCACUCGCGAAGGUCUACAUCCUCACUCUCCCCGCCUUCCACUGGAUCGAAGCCCCUGCCGCAGCCCCCAUCUGGCGAGCAGAUCACACAUGCUCCGUGAUCGGAAACAGGCAAAUGAUAUCUAUCGGAGGCUACCAAGAUCCAAUGACUUUGCAAGAUCAACCGACCGAUGUGUGGGCGAAUGGAAUGGGGAUUUUCGACAUGACAGACUUAACUUGGACUGAAGCUUAUGACUCCUCUGCUGCUGCGUAUCAACCUUCGACUCUGGUCACGCAAUACUACAGUGGUAGUGGGAGGUAUCCGGCAAGUUGGGUAGAUCCCAAACUCGCUGAUAUCUUUGAAAAGUCGACUUCUUCGAGUACUGCAACUCCUAGCACCUCACAUACGUCGACCCCGAACCCGAAGAAAAGCAACGCAGGAGUAAUAGCAGGCGGUACAGUGGGUGGCGUAGCUGUUCUAGCAUUUAUUAUAGGCCUCGUCGUUUGGUAUACGAGACGGAAGAGGAAUUUCCGUUCUCAUGAGCUAGGCGCAUAUCAACCUCCUCCAGAAGUGGGCAGCAGAGGCAAGGAGGCUUCCGAGUUGGAUGUGGGCAACACUACUUCCGAGUUGUCGGGCGCGGAGAGGCAAAGACACGAACUCGACGUGGAGACCAGACGGAAAACGAUGCCAGUGGAGCUAGGUACAUAGCAAUGGGAUACAUUCUGACGCAUCACCUAUCUUCAAUACGAAUUCGAAAGCGGUUUUCAGUCUUGCGAGAACGGAUGGACAACAAUUUGCGCCGAGAUGGAAUAUUCGCGAGUUUCUCGUGUAGGUCAAGAAUUUGGUGGGCUGAAAAAAAGGGGACAGAAAGAAGGCUUGCUUGAUCCUGGUUCAUCCCCAUCCUUGACAACUUUCCAGACCCAGCAUAUCUGAACUCUCAGCAGACAUCCUGAAAGAAGAC